GGUACAACCAGGAGAGACAAACAGAUCAAUAAGCACUACCUGCACCAGUCAAGAACUCACAAUUACCGUCAGUGCCCGAGGAGAAGAUGCCAUUUGAAAAGAUUUCCCAAGAUUUCAGCACAGAUGGGCAUUCAGUCUCUCACCGUCAAAGAUUUCGACAAGGUCUGUUUGCAGAUGGAAGCAGACCUGCGUUUCCACACCACCGACUGGUUAUACUGAGUCUGAGCCUGCUGAAUGCUGUUCUGCUGAUAGCUGCUGUUGUCAUUGGGAUCUACUGUGUCAAAGCCAAAGACUUUCAGGUUUCAGAUUCAGCUGUUUCACCCUUGUUGAUUGAAAUGAACCAUCUCCGCAACCACAGUGGUAUCGUCAAAGAGAGGCUGGAGGCCCAGGCAAAACUGGUGAAAGAGCGCGCCAACCACGUGCAACUGAAGCUCCAGGUGAAGCAGAUGAAGGUCGAAAAUGAUUUGCUUCAGCGACAAAUUGAGACACUAAAUGCAGCGAAAUCAAAUCUCCAGACAAAUAAAACUCUGUUAGAGGAAACCUGCGGCAGAUGCCCAACAGGAUGGCUCCUUCUUAAAACAUCCUGUUAUUAUUUUUCUCACCAUGAAAUAAACUCCAGAAAGAACUGGACGGAGAGCAGACAAUACUGCAUUAAUCAGGGCGGUGACUUGCUUGUGAUCAAUAACUUGGAAGAGCAGCUCCUCAUAACCGACAACUUUCAAAAAGUGAGCAGCUCUGGCAUAUGGUGGCAGAAUGGAUACUGGAUCGGCCUCACUGAUGUGGUGACAGAGGGAACGUGGGUCUGGGUUAACAAUGUGACCGAGGUGGAUUCAAUGUACUGGAGAAGUGGGCAGCCCGACAGCUCUGGUGAGGAGAAGAAGAACUGUGCUGCUUUUCUUUUCUUUACCGAUAAUGUGAAGACGUUUUACAAUGUAGAAUGUAGCAGCAAACAGCUGAACUGGAUCUGCGAGAUGGAGCCAAAGCAAACCACAAGGGGAUCUCAAUGAUGAUGUUAUUAAAUAAUAAUAGCAAUAAUGUCAUAAAAUCUCUCAAAUAAAUUAGCUGUAACUUGACAUGUGAAAAAUCGUGUUAUACACUACUGUAA